AUGGCAGUUAAAGCUAAGAAGCAAGAUGUCGAAGCCUGGGUGCAAGCACUCGAACGCUACGAUCAAGGCAACUUCAAAGCGUCGAUAGAAACAUUUGCCCACGCCGGAGAAACUUCAAAAGCAUCGUUCAACAUCGGCAUCAUCCAUGCCACGCUCGGGGAGCACGACGAAGCGAUAUUCGCCUACAAAGCCUCCAUAACUCAAGACCCCUACUUCGCAAUCGCCCACUUCCAACGCGGCGUCUCCAACUUCCUCCUCGGAAACUUCGAAGAAGCCUUAAAGGACUUCACAAACUCCCUCCGCUUCCUUCGCGAAAAUCUAUACAUAAACUACGGACAACUAGGUCUCAAAUUCUGUCUCUACCGCUGCGAAGUCCUCUUCAACCGCGGAUUAUGCUAUAAAUAUCUCGACCGAAAAGACAAAGCAAGCAGGAACUUCGAGUACUCUGCGAGAGAAAAGAUGGUAGCCGAACGACAUGAUGUCUGUGACGAAGCCGUAAACAAUUGUGGAGAUGGGUAUACGGUUUUUUCGGUACCUGUUGGUGUGGUGUUUAGACUCACAGAGGGGAAGACCCAAGUGGCUUUUGUACCGCCACCGGUGGAUACUAAGAAGGGUUCUUCUUCUUCUUCCGCUGCUCAUGCGAAGGCUAAGUCUCUGGAUGAGACAAAGACACCGCAGAGGGGGCUCGGUUCCUUGGCCAAAGCGAAACUUUUGCCAAAGAGGUCGAUUUCGACAUUAAACAGAGCACGGAAUACGGACGAUACUUCUUCUAGCAGUACUAGCAAGCCGGUACAGAGGUCUGCAACUACAAUAGGUGCAAGACCACGCCCUCCACCGCUCACCGAACUAGGCAAACCAUCUCAAAGAUCUCUUUCGACAAAAAAAUCCGGUGUUGAGCUUCGAAAACCAGAGGAGCACCAGCCAAGCACAAAGAAAUCCCCACUCCGUUCUGUGACAGCAAAGAAGUCUAUCGCAGAUGUAAUGAACAGCGGCAGCAGUUAUCUUCACAGCAGCAGUAGCAGUGACGAGAGCCCCCCCAAAAACAACAACAACAACAGACCUCAAAAGUCAUCGACAGUGCGAAGACCAAAUGAAGCUGCUAUUAGACCCUUGAAUAUCAAGAAGUCGAUUGCAGAGCUGAAACCCCAGGGCCAACAGCAAAAGGUCCUCCCACCAACACCACAGCAAUUAAAAGAGAAGCAGUUACCAACGCUCCCACCGAAAAUACCAGUCUCCCCAGAAUACUCUCAUAAAUAUAAGACAGAGGAGAUGAUGCCAAGUAUUCAGCUACAAAGGGACGGAAGAGACUCAGGAGUCGGCACUGAAGAAGAAGAUGGCGAUUCAAGUGACGAUGAUAUCCCUGAUUACUAUGGUAGCGAGUGGAGCGGAAGAAGCAGGAGUUCAUGGGCUACGAGUGUAGAAGAGUGCCCUGAAGAGGAGGCAGAGGCAGAGAGGAAAGAUAGGAUAAGGUUGAGGAGAAAGACAAUAGCUGUGGAAGUUGUGAAGAGGAUCAAGCUCAAAGUACACUUCGAAGACGACCUCAUCGCCAUGAUGAUUACCCCGGAUAUCAAAUACGCAGAAUUCACAAGCAAAGUCAUGGAUAAGCUUAGAAUAGACUGGAAGGGAAAGAUCCGGUUUAAGGAUGAGGACGGACACCAAGUACUACUUGGUGACCAAGAGGAUUUGGAUGGGGCAAUAGAUAUCUGCGAGAGAGCGGCGCGGGCAACGAAGAAUCCGGUGGGAAAGAUUGAGGUUUGGGUAUCAUGA